CGAUUACCACCUCAACAUUUGGCAAGGGUCUUGACUUUUUUUUUUCUUUCUCUCCGUCGACGAGCCUCUCAAUCCGACCCUGCUCUUCCCCGCCGACUCCAUCGACGUCGAUAUCGCUAGCUAAAUAAGUCGGCCUACCCUCUCGCGAGUUCCCUGAUCCGAUCCCUCCUUGUGAGCUUAGCUGUCGAUUCUCCGUUCCGCGCAAAAUGAACGGCGCGCAAUACGCGAGCGACACGUCGGCGCAACAGUUGCCCCAAGGCGCAUCGGCAGCGGCUGCGCCUUCGAACGGCAACUCGCCCCUAUUGAAUAAGAAGAGAAAGAAGGAUGGCCUGAAGCCUAUCAUCACUACCGAGAGUCCUGGGGCCGCCCACCUAGCAUCAGCCAUGACACAUUCGCCGACAUCGUCGUCCUCGCCGGAGGACGCCGCCGAGAACACCGCCGACGAGGAAGAUUCGGAGGAUUACUGCAAGGGAGGAUACCAUCCGGUUACGAUCGGGGAGCAGUUCAAGGACGGGAGGUACACCGUAGUGCGAAAGCUGGGCUGGGGUCAUUUCUCGACAGUCUGGCUCUCAAGAGACAAUCACACAGGGAAGCACGUCGCGCUCAAGGUCGUACGGUCCGCCGCCCACUACACGGAAACCGCCAUCGACGAAAUCAAGCUCCUCAAGAAGAUCGUCCAAGCGAAUCCCAACCAUCCCGGCCGUAAGCACGUCGUCAGCCUGCUGGAUUCAUUCGAGCAUAAGGGACCGAACGGCACCCAUGUGUGCAUGGUCUUUGAGGUCCUGGGGGAGAACUUACUGGGCUUGAUCAAGAAGUGGAACCACAGGGGCAUCCCGAUGCCUCUUGUCAAGCAAAUCACAAAACAGGUGCUGCUGGGGCUGGACUAUCUCCACCGGGAAUGCGGCAUCAUCCACACCGAUCUUAAGCCGGAGAACGUGCUCAUCGAGAUUGGCGACGUCGAACAAAUCGUCAAACGGGUGGUUAAGAACGAACCCAGCGACAAGGAGAACAAUCGGAACGGUCGCCGGAGGCGGAGGACUCUCAUCACGGGCAGCCAACCGCUGCCGUCGCCCCUAAACGCGAGCUUCAACUCCAACUCGCUCUUCCCAUCUCCCGGCUCCCAGAGCAUCGGCCAGGUACUACAAGAGGGAAACAAGCAAAAAGAGUCUUCGCCGACGCCCGGCACGGACAGCACAGAGGAGAACCAGAAGCAACGAGAGAAGACGGCCGACAUUUUGACGAGGGAAGUUUCGGGCAUCUCGCUGGAUAAGGCCGCGACCCCACCUUCCACCACGGGCGAGAAGCGCAAAGCCGACGACAUGCAGGCUUGCGACAUUAUCAGCGUCAAGAUUGCCGACCUCGGAAACGCCUGCUGGGUGAACCACCACUUUACCAACGACAUUCAAACACGCCAGUACCGUUCGCCGGAAGUCAUCCUCGGUGCGAAGUGGGGGGCCAGCACAGAUGUAUGGAGCAUGGCGGCUAUGGUCUUUGAGCUCAUCACCGGCGAUUACCUCUUCGACCCGCAGUCAGGCACGAAGUACGGCAAGGAUGACGACCACAUCGCUCAAAUCAUCGAGCUCCUGGGGCCCUUCCCCAAGUCUCUGUGCCUCUCAGGCAAGUGGUCGCAGGAGAUUUUCAACCGCAAGGGCGAACUGCGCAACAUUCACCGUCUGCGCCACUGGGCUCUGCCAGACGUGCUCCGGGAAAAGUACCAUUUCAAGGAGGAGGAAAGCCGCCGCAUCGCCGACUUCCUCCACCCCAUGCUCGAGCUCAUCCCCGAAAGGCGUGCCAAUGCCGGCGGCAUGGCCGCCCACCCCUGGCUCGAAGAGACGCCUGGUAUGAAGGGCAUCAAGAUCGACAAGGUCGAGGUGGGCAGUCGCGGUGAGGGUAUAGAAGGAUGGGCGUGCGAGGUGCGCAAGCGGUAGAGGAAGGUAGAAAAGAGCGGUAAGAGCGGUGAGGGGGUGAUGUGCUGGGACAGAGCAGUUGUAUUUUUUCCGUC